AUGACUGUAAACUCUCUCGCAGAGACUGGCGACCGCACAACAAGAGAACAACUUCUCCGUCAUCUUGACGCCGAGUUCAACAAGCCCUUUACAAGCUGGGACUGUUCGUACUUGAGAGGACGUAUUGUUGAGCAAUCGAGUACUCUACCAUGGGAUUACGAGGAGACUGUGCGUGGAUUACUGUCUCAAUCGCAGGGCUUGUUAGAUAUGGGAACGGGUGAUGGUGAGUUUCUGGCUGCGUUGAGCCCUCUGCCAAAGGACACGUGCGCUACUGAAGGUUGGGCCCCCAAUAUUCCUAUUGCCAGGCGGAAGUUGAAGCCACUGGGCGUUACAGUAACUGCAAUAACUGAGAAAGAUAUUCGCCUGCCUCUUAACGAUGCCCGUUUUGAUCUGAUUAUCAAUCGCCACGGUACUUAUACACCAUUUGAAGUUCAUCGUCUUCUUAAACCAGGCGGUAUUUUCGUCACACAACAGAUCGGGGAAAAGGAUAAUGUCGAGUUGAAUGCCCUUCUUGGUGUGACCGAUAUGUUUAAGACACAUCGUAAUUGGAAUCUUGAAGUUGCUACCUUAGAGCUGCAGAAGGCCGGUUUUCGUGUAAUUGAAAUGAAUGAAGCAUUUCUGGAGACCAAAUUUCAUGACGUUGGCGCUGUAGUGCUGUACUUGAAAGCUCAUCCAUGUCAGAUUGAGGAAUUUUCUGUAGAGAAAUAUUCUGAGCAGUUGGUUGCGCUACAUAAGAGGAUUCAGGAAAACGAAAGUGUUAGUUUCCAAAGCCAUAGAUUCUUUAUAAUGGCCACGAAACCUUAG